UUUGAAUUUUGGUUUGUUUAUUUUUGUUUUGUAUCAGUUUUUUCCAUACAAAAUAAUUAUGUUUAAUUAAAAAACACAACGUAAAUUGAGAUUUACAUUUAUAUCGUGGAUCGUGAUAGAUUUUCAAUGGCACCAGGUAAAAAAAGUUUUCGAGGUAAACGUUCUAACCAACACGUCGAACGAAACUAUGCAGAACGUCUUCAAGAUUUAAGAGUCCAGUCAUCGGACGAAAGUAGCGGUAGUACAGAUUCCGAGGAUGAAGGCGUGGAAGCCACUUUCGCUGUUAGCAUGUGGGACCUAAACCAUUGCGACCCGAAAAAGUGCUCGGGUAGAAAACUUUCAAGACAUAACCUCAUUAAGAAUUUGAAACUCGGGCAGAAGUUCCAAGGGCUUGUAUUAUCGCCUGUAGGAACACAGUGCGUAAGUCCGAAUGAUAAGGAAGUAAUAGAAAAGUAUGGUUUGGCUGUCAUAGACUGUUCCUGGGCUAAGAUAGACGAGACACCUUUCGGUAGAAUGAAGUCGCCUCAUCCGAGACUAUUGCCAUUUUUAGUAGCAGCGAAUCCCAUAAACUACGGGAAACCUUAUCAGCUGAGUUGUGUAGAAGCUUUAGCAGCAGCAAUGUUCAUCACUGGUCACAGAAAAGAAGCUAAAUUUUAUCUAUCAAAGUUCUCAUGGGGUCAUUCGUUUAUAGAGCUCAACAAUGAAGCCUUGGACAUGUAUGCUAGCUGUACAGAUAGCAAAAGUGUUAUUGAAGCUCAAACAAAAUACUUGGAAUCAGCGGAAAAUGAUAAGGAUACUAGAAAAAUGUGGCCGUCAAGUGAUUCUGAAUCUGAAAGUGAUUCUGAUAAAUAAUUGUGAAUACUGCCACAUUUGUCCCAGUGUUAGCGUGGCUUGAGCAUGAGGUCCUGGGUUGGCCUAUGAAAUAUUAAGCUUUUCUUUUCUGAGAAAAUUUUCAGUUAAAUUUCCCUGCCUGUAGUUGGGAAGUUCUUGAUGUUACACUCCUGUGCCUCAGGGAACACUUAUCUAUUGAUUUCAGUUACUAUCAUAUAUUUUGACGGCCUCCGUGGCGGAUUGGUAUGUGCGGUGGAUUAACAAAACGGAGGGCCUGGGUUCAAUCCCUGGCUGGGCCGAUUGAGAUUUUCUUGAUUGGUCCAGGUCUGGCUGGUGGGAGGCUUUGGCCGUGGCUAGUUACCACCUUAGCGACAAAGACAUACCGCCAAGCGAUUUAGUGUUCUGGUACAAUGUCGUGUAGAAACCGAAAAGGGGUGUGGAUUUUCAUCCUCCUCCUAACAAGUUAGUCCGCUUCCAUCUUAGACUGCAUCAUCACUUACCAUCAGGUGAGAUUGUAGUCAAGGGCUAACUUGUAAAGAAUAAAAAAAAAAAAUAGUAGUUCUUAAAGAAUUUAACAUUAUCACUCUAAUUCCACCAACCCGCAAUUGAGUAGCAUGCUGAGUUUCAGCUCCAUAUCGCUGCUUUGAUGCAUGCAAUAAAAUUUUUAUGAUAAAGAAAAUUAAUAUUUCUGUGUUUUGGGGCAUAGAUAAAUAAAGGAUCAUAUAAAUCAAUCAACUUUUCUUGGGUUGAUUUGUGAGAGAUAAAAGUGUAAAAUACACAGUUUAUAUCUCAACUUAAGAAUAAGCCGAGUAUGCUUAGCAUGCUACCAAACACAUAACUUGACGAGAAAUGGACAAAAUCUCAACUAAUGGUGGCAGAUUAGAUUAGUUCCAAUACCAUCUCUUUCGUCCCUAUGCAACAGAGAUUGUAAUAUUUCUAGUUGUGCUGCUAUUGGUUGACAUUUGUCCAUUUCUCAUCACAAGAUAAUAUAUUGUUUGUUUGCAUGUUAGCACUGAAUUGCCUACUGAACCCAAAUUUUGUUUUAGUAUAAUUAUAUAUAUUUAUUAUAUAAAUAAAAUGUUUGUAAGUUAUAAAAUUAA